CAAGGAGAUGGAACAUAUGAAGAACGAUUGGCAUUCCUUCGACUUGAGUUGUAGAUGGUGAAAGACGAGAAGUGAGCAGUAGAUGGUGAAAAACGAGAAGUGAGCAGAAAAGAAGGCUUAUAGGAAGCUUGCUAUGAAAUGGCAUCCUGAUAAGAAUCCCAAUAACAAGAAAGAAGCAGAGGCCAAAUUCAAGCAGAUCUCUGAAGCCUAUGAGGUUCAAAGUGAUUCCCAGAAGAGAGCAAUAAUUUAUGAUCGAUCAGUAUGGUGAAGAAGGGCUCAAAGGCCACGUUCCACCACCAGAUGGUCCUGGUGGAGCCACUUUCUUCCAAACUGGAGAUCGUUCCUAGGGAAGGUAUGCCAGUACCAAAAGAUCCAUCAAAGAGAGGUAACCUGAGAAUUAAAUUCAAUAUCAAAUUCCCAACAAGGUUACUGCAGAGCAGAAGGCAGGGAUUAAGAAACUACUACAACCAUAGCCUGGAUAGGAGCUCAUAUUUCAUCACAUCCUAUGAUAUCCCUUCACCCCUGUGAAUACCUCCCAUUGUGAAAAACAGUGAUUUAUAUUGCCUUGUGAGAUCCAAGUAACACGUUUGGUAUCCAGAUGAACAAAGAGCUAGCAAAUGUGGUGGAGAAUGUUUGUUAAUGAUAACAAAUUAUUUUUUUGGGCAUUUGGGAGACCAAGUGCUAGUCUAAACUCGGAUUGAUAUCAAUAGGAUAUUCCUGUUUCAACAAUUUAGCACCCUAUGAAGAUCACUUCAUGGAACAUGGGAGCGUAAUAAAGAAAGCAACAUUCU